AUGAUGUUGGAGAGAAAGGAAUACGACCGCGUGAAUCUCGCAACACUACCGGUCAACACUUUAGUGAAGAAGUCGAUAUUUAUAAGAGGUCACCAGUACACCGUGGAUCUCAAAGUGCUGGAAAAUAUCAACUAUGAAAUCAUGGCUGGACUAGACUUCGAUGACCUGCUUGAGAUGACAGCAAUGCUUCAUGAGUACGAUGCAGGACUCACAGAGACCGCUUUGUGUCAUCUAGCGGAAUGUUUGGUCGCAGAGUUUCAUGACAUUCUUCAACAAUUCCCCCACAAUCCGCUCUUUCCGCCAAACGACUAUCUCAGUUUGAAAAACAUGAACACUGCGCUGAAGCCAGCUGUGGAUAUCUGCAUGCUACGUGCAUGGGACGUAUAUAAUUCCCAGCACCCAUCAUCAGUUUUGACCGAGCAGCUCGUCUCUAUGAUAGUGGAAUGCGCUGAGGAGUGGAUGUAUCAAGAAUUUCGACCACACCUGAAAGAUGUUAAGGAAUUCUGCAUAACGAUUCAAACGAUGUGGGAAAUGAUGCAACGUAACUACCUUAGCUACAAUCUAUUCUUCCAGCAAUUCAACGUUAACUACGUAGAAGUGACUUUGAGGACGACCGACGAGAAGUUAGAACUAUUUGGUCGUUCUUAUUUGAGUGAGAGACUCAUGCAACUGGACUCACGUCAAACUGGUCAGUUAGAAAUUUUCACAAAGUGCACCAUGAGGUUUUAUGACACGCUGCAUUCUCUUGUUCGUCUUGGGAGAAAAAAUAAUGACACUACACCAUACUUUAGCGUAGAAAGGCUUCUAAUCUACGACUUUGAAACCUGGUUUUUGGAUGUGACUGUGUUCUGGACAUAUUCUUGGCGGGAUGUAAGUCUCAAAAUGGUUACUCGUACCAUAUCGUUGGACAGUGAUGGUGAUGUGUCAAAAUAUGAACAUCGUCCUUUACCUGCUGGCCUGUACUCUUUUCUUUGUAUACAGAAAGGUCUUUCCGAUGACUACUCGAUGUUGGCUUUCGAGUUACCGAGGAACAUGUUGAUGGGGUCAAUAUCUUUAGUACAGAUCUUAUCAGAGAACAUCUACGCCUAUACCAAGAAGCUUCAUAAUGAUGCAAUGUCGAAUAAUUCCGACAUGAAUUCGCGUAUCAUUCGAGCAGUAAAUGGUGUCGAACAGGCGCUGCUAUUUGUGUCGGAAAGGUGGAGGCGAUUUGUGGACUUUGAUCGGAUGGCGACGGUGCUCCCAAUCGAAGAAGUGGCUGUCGUCGAGAGAUUCUGUACAAAAGUCCUCGACAGUACGAGAAAGAAGUGUGAACUGAUCAUGGACAAACUUCUGCGGAUUUAUUGUCGCUCACUGGGAGACAAUAUUAUAAGGAUAGCUCGCACUGUGACUACACAAAACUAUGAACAUAGCAAGAAACUGACGGUGUAUGUGCGGGAUCCGACGGAAAGAAUGUACCGCAUCAUGGACAGUGUGGAUAGAUUGGCGUGUAAUGUUUGUAGUGAUCUUCUUUCAAGGUGCUCGCAAAUCGCCUUGCGGAUUAUCCACGAAAUGCUUGAGACAGAAAUCCUCCGUUAUUUGCGAGAUUCUCGAAAUCCGGAAUAUUAUUCCGAAAUCUAUAUUACAUUGAAAGAGAUCAUCAAUGUGUUGGGAGUCUCGUUGGAGUCCUCCAAAGCGACGUCACUAUUGUAUUUACACAGCUUUAUGACGAAUGAACUUGUUCUUUCCUAUUACGCCCAAAUUAUCGAGGAAAUGAACGUUAAACAGAAAGGAAGCGUGCCUCACAUCAACAUCCAAAUCGGAUACGUACUAGCAAGUGGUGACAAUGCAUUGAUUAUUGUUAAUGUUCUUGGCCUCGAUAAUGUUCUGGAGCUGAACACACUGUACGAUCGCGUCGAACCGUUUGUAAAACUCGAGCUACUGCCGGACGAGUACGGAGAGCCUGCUAAAAUCUCAGGGCCAAUGGAAGCUGCCUGGAUUUCAAAGAACUAUGGUGACGAAUUGUACCUACAAUGCACGUACACUGGCAUCCGAGUCCUCGAUAGAAGACUUGCUCAUGCAAGCAAGAAGGAUGAGGUACGACGUCAUCAGUCUCGCAGAGACGAAAUGACGCCACCCAUUCAACGCCGUGUAUGA